UAAUGUCUGCUUUUCUGGAGAGGACUUCUGACUGAAAGUCUCUUUAUGAAGCACCACAUGUCAUGGCAGACUUUUGGUUGAUUUCUGUCCCUUUGGACAAGACUACUUCAGCAAGUGUGGAGAAACUCAAGCGUGCCAUCACCAAAGCCCAGCUGUGCUCAAACUGGAAGUUUUCCAUUCCAGAUCUCAAGGUGGGAGUCCUUGACAGUCUGCUAAGUGUGUCGGACAAUUUCUCCAAACUUGACACUCUGACUGAAAGUGUGAUAAAAAAAACAUGCCAGUGUAUGAAUGAAGUGAUGGAACCAUCAGAAGACAAAGUCCAUCCAAACAUCUUGGUCAAUGGAGAGCCCAGCAGAAAUCAGAGUAACGUCCCAGCUCAGCUAAAAGCUUACCUCACAUCUCUCAGGGUUAACAUGAUGAAGUAUGUGACCAAGUUUCAGUGGGACACAGCCAAGUACCCCCCUGCUUUGCCUCUCUCCAGCCUGGUAGACAUCAUCGGCAAGGAAGUUCUGCAAGCGGAGACUGAGUUCAAAUCCCACGCUUCAGCAUACAACAGCCUGAAAGCAAACCUUGAACACAAGCUCAAUGAGAAACUGCAAACUCGUAGUCUUCAUGGAAUUGUGAGCGAAGACGACUUUGUGGUCUCAGAGUACCUCACCACUCUGCUGGUAGUGGUGAGCAGAGACAGGUACUUGCAGUGGGAGAGGAGUUAUGAAUCCUUGUCACUGUUGGUUGUCCCGCGGUCUAGCAGGAAACUGUUUGAGGAUGGAGAAGGGGCAGUCUUCUCAGUGACACUCUUUAAAAGAGUUGUGUGUGAAUUCAAAGCCAAAGCUCAGGAGAGCAAGUUCAUUGUGCGUGAGUAUUGCUUUGAUCAAGAGGCGAGGGAACAGCAGGAGAUCAGGGAGUAUACUAUUCUCAAAAGAGAGAAAUACGAAAUCUUUGUCCGCUGGCUGAUGGUGAAUUUCAGUCAGCUGUUCAUUGCAUGGAUUCAUUUGAAAGCAAUAGGAGUGUUUGUAGAAUCAGUCCUAAGGUAUGGAUUACCCGUCAAUUAUCAGGCCCUUCUGCUGCAAACUGACAAGAAGCACUCCAAGAAGCUGAGAGACACUCUUUCCUCACUUUUUAAGCAUCUGGACCCAACUGCCAGUCUGAAAGAUGUGAGUUGUGAUAUCCCAGGACUCUGCCAGGAGGAGUAUUCUUCUUACAUCUGCUUCCCCAUCAACACCAGCAUGCUGUAGACCUCCUCCUCUCUUUUUAAUUCACAAAGUGUUGGGCACAAAGAGACAAAUAAAAUGUAAUUCAUCACAUCAUAAUCAUAAUAUUUCUUUAGUGCUUGGUAUUUUCAAGACUUAUUGUGACCCACAAGUAGGUUUUUAAAUAAUUGUAAAUCGCCCUACACAUCAGAUGGAUCGAAGUGAUGUUUUCCACCUCUGCAGAGGAAUUGUACAUCCAUCUAAUUAAGUCAAAAAUAAUGUUGUAUGUAAAGUAUAAUUACAAUGUUCUUUUUGGGUGUCUGCUGUUGGUCGUCAAAUAAUAAAACAGCUUCUAAUUAUAA